GUGGACACAAACCUGCUGACACCUCGACUACAUGACCCUGUGAGAACACAAACCGUUAACACCUUGACUAGUGUCCCCCGUGUGGACACGAGCCUGCUGACACCUCGACUACAUGACCCUGUGAAAUCACGAACCUUUAACACCUUGACUCGUGUCCCCAGUGCGGACACAAGCCUAUUGACACCUCGACUACAUGACCCCGUGUGGGCACGCGCCCAUUAGCACCUCACUGCACGUCCCCCGUGCGGACACGUGCAGCUCGUAAGUCGGACAGUACACGGCCCGUCACCGCCGAAGCAGGUCCACACACCCCCGUGAGGCUGUACGACCUACCUGUGACAACCCAUCGUGCAACCUCUACCUGCUGGGAUCCACCGCACCUAGUUCAUCGUGCUACCUUCGGGUUUAUGUCCAUCCUCGAACUGGCCAAACCCGCUGGACUUUACACCUGUCGGAGUUCUAUCCUGUCUUAGCAGGGUUAGACCUGGACUGUGAUCUUAUGCGUCAUACCCGUUUAUUAGUCUUCCGGCCAUCGCCUCCUCCCACACCUACCCCGAACUCCAUGACCUCAAGGACCCCGAACUUCAACGCCUGGCCUGCGCUCUACCAUCCGUCGUUAUCUCCGACAGAGCUCCCAGCACCGUCAAGAAGUACGUGAGAGCCUUCCGCGCCUGGGAAACCUUCGCCUCAUCCAAAGGACUGUCCCCCCUUCCAGCUCGUGGCCCACACCUGGCACUUUACCUACUCAAACUCCUACAGUCUUCCCGCUCUGCCGCCCCACUGGAAGCCGCCGUAUUUGCCGUCGCCUGGGCUCAUCGCAUCGCAGGCCAUCCAUCACCCCACUCUCACCACCUACCAUCCCAAGUACUGCAAGCUGCCAAGCGUAUCCUCGCAGCCCCUGUCUCCAAGAAGCUACCCCUGACACCAUGUCACAUCCGACAACUCUGCUCCACCUACGUUUCACCUUCCAUGAACAUUGACACGCUACAGACUCUCUGCCUUAUCGUCAUCGGUUUCGCCGGAUUCCUCCGCUGGGAUGACUUGAGUCAGCUACACGCAGACGAUGUGAACUUCUGCGACGGCUACGCCGCCCUUUUCAUUGAGAAACGGAAAAACGAUCAGUUCAGGGAAGGCCAUUGGGCCUGCAUCGCCACCACCGGUUCUACCUCUUGCCCCGUAACCCUCCUCAAGCGUUUCCUCAAGUCCUCCAACUCAUCCGGCCACAUCAAGCUCUUCCGUCGAGUCUCUAAUCACCGUGGCAACAUUUCCCUGCGACAGGAACCCAUGUCUUACACGAGAGCUCGGGAAAAAGUCCUCUCCAUGUUGUCGACCAUCGGCCUGGAUCCAACCAGAUACGGCCUACACAGCCUCCGUUCGGGUGGAGCAAGCACCGCUGCAGCCAUGGGCGUCCCAGACCGUCUCAUCGCGCACCACGGUGGCUGGCGCAGCACCGAAGCACGAGAAGGCUACAUCCUCGAGUCCAAGUCGGCUAUUCUUGGAGUCUCCCGUUCCCUCGGCCUUUAAUCCCCCCCCUCCCCACCAUCCACCCCCGGCUUCACCGCCUUCUUCUAUCCUUUUGUUUUCGUGGCGUGCGCACGACUACCCUACCCUUGUGUCUGUCCAGUUUGUGAAUAGACAGGAAACUUAGUUCUCUUCGGAGUUUACGAAGAAGAGAAAUCACGUUUCCUGUCGGCUCACAAAUUGGACGGAUGUUCCCCCAUCCGUAACCCUCUCCUAUUGGUCCUCACUUCCUACCCCCUACCUACCCUACGACUCAUCCUCAUUCGUCGUCGCCACUUCAUAG